AUGGACGGUCCGCCACCACCGCCGCCGCCUCAUGGCGAAAAUCCUCAUACGACUGAAGGCGAAUAUCGCAAAUCCUCGGACCUCCCAGAUGGCAACUACGACAUAUUUAUCAUCCCACCUCACUCCGCUGGAUCGGGCUUCCUCUACCUUCCGUCGCUGCAGUGCAACCGAAACAGUUACCUAGCGGGCGUCGCAAGCACGCUCCUCGCAUGUUUCGUGUGGUCGUAUAUAUCCCCGUUUGUGAAGGCAUGGUAUCUGGCCACGGUCGCUAGCGGCAGUGGUACGGGUAUGGCGGUCAUUGCAGUUGGGGUGGGUGUCGCUGGAUGGCUUUUCGGUUCCGCUCAGUCCGGCAACUUGGGAGGCAGUAAAGGCAAUGACGGUGCUCGAGGACGGUUCGGCUUUGGUGGCUUUGGUGGCGGUGCCGGAGGCCCAGGCGGUCCCGGAGGCCCCGGUGGCCCUAGGAACACCGGCCCAAACACCAACCAACAGUCCUCCGGUGCCAACUAUGGCGGCAGCGGGGCCGGUCAGCAAAGACAACAGGGAGGAAACUUUGGUGGACAAUACGGCAACCAAUAUUCCGGUAAUCAACACGGCUCUAGUCCUCCUCCAAACUCUGAUAAUAACAAACGUGAAAAGGAGGAGGCUGAAAAGCGCGCGAGAGAAGAGCGAGCCAAGGAGGAGCGGGCUAGAGAGCAACGAGCUAAGGAGGAGCGUGCUAGGGAGGAACGUGCUAGGGAAGAGCGUGCUAGAGAGCAACGAGCUAAGGAGGAGCGUGCUAGGGAGGAGCGCGCUAGGGAAGAGCGCAUUAAAGAAGAACGAGCUAAGCAAGAGCGAGCCAGGGAAGAACGUGCUAGGGAGGAGCGCGCUAAGGAGGAGCGUGCCAGAGAAGAGCGUGCCAGAGAGGAACGUAUAAAGGAGGAGCGUGCUAGAGAACGAGCCAAGGAAGAAGCCGAACGUGAGCGAGCAAGAGAAGAAACGAGGCGCAAGGAAGAGAUACGCCGAAAGAUGGAAGAGUUCAAGCGCAAGCGUGAUGCAGAAGCCAAAGAGAAAGAAAAACAGCGCGAGCGCGAAGCAAUGGAGAAAGAAUUAAAGGAACGCCGCGAGCAGCUCGAAAAGGAGAUGGCCGCUGCAAGAGCUGCUGCAGAGAAGGAGGCACGCGAACGACUGGAGAAGGAAGCCGCAGAGGCCCGUGAAAGGCAAGCAAAGGCCGAAGCUGAGGUGAAGGCCAAAGCCGAAAGGCUGGAAGCGGAAGCCAAAGAAAAGGCCGCGAAAGAAGCUGCUGAGAAAGAAGCUGCCGCAAAGGCCGCCGCGCAAAAAGAAGCCAUGGCCAGAUUUGCGGCGCUCAAGGAAGCAGCAAGCAAGAAAUACGCCGAGAAGAAGGCGCAAGACGCGAAGAAAGAGGCCGCUGCCAAAUCACCGCCGCCUAAGCCAGCCAGUACUAGCAAUGUGCCUCGCACACCUUCUCCCAAGAAAUCAGCGCCCUACUCACCCGCUAAAACCGCCAAUGACGACGAUGCGUACUCCUUUCGCCCCUACGACCGACCACGACGGCCAUAUGCGGCUGGCACCUCAGUAUACUCUGAGUCUUCAUAUACACCUUCUCACUCGACUGCGCGCACAACACCUCCCCCCUCGCAUCGCAGCACAUAUUCCACAAAGGAUCCAGAUAAGAUCGUGAUCCAAGGUGUCUACGCCUUCAACAAUGCCUUUAUGAAGACCCCAGUGGCGCAACUUGUCUCAGGUCAGGGAAUGGUCACUGAUGGGCUGGUUCUACGGAUCACAACCGAAGGUCUCUUCAUCGACGAUGAUCUACGCGGCGUCGGGCAGCGUGAGUGGGACGUCAAAGCAUGGACCCUCAAACUGGCGGAGGUGUUUUGUCCACAGGUAAACGCGACACAAUCCGCCAAAACUACAUCUAGCAACCCCUUCUCUUUCCGUCGUGGGAACAACGUUCCCACCAACGAAGAAUCAGAGGCUUUUCUCGGUACCUUGCUCAAAGUAUGCAAGAAUACCUGCCGUCUGGCUUCGCCUAGUGCGUGCUUCGCUCGCAGCGCGACUGCAAGCCAUGAUGGUGGCCCUGUUCACCCGCCCCAGGCGGAGUCCCGUGGUUUGCACGUUCUCCGUGCCAGUGUUCGGGACCAGGAAGGCAAGAAGUAUGUCUUUGUGUUGCAGGAUACUGAGGCCUGGAAGGUCGCUAUCGGACUCCAGCGGCUCCGGGCUGGUGCUCUGGUGCGCGCGCUGGGUGUCUCCGCUCUGCCGGUCCCUGAAUGCAAAACUAUGCUCAGUGCUCUCGGUUAUGUUUGA